AUGGGACGUGGCCGCGCAUACCGACGCGGACGUGGCGGAAAGUCGUCAGGUCGUCAGCAGAGCAGCGGCACGGGCGAGCGCCAUGCUGCCUACACGGCCUUUGAUCAGACCAGCCCGAAAUUCGAAGCGUACUACCAAGAGCAGGGCAUUCUGCCGAGGGAGGAAUGGGAGCCGUUCCUAGCGGCCAUGCGUGCACCGCUUCCCACGACCUUCCGUAUCACCUCGGGCAAGCCGACAGCUCGUCAGCUGCUGGAUGCGAUGCAGAACAUUUACCUGCCCUUCCUCUCAAAUGUGGAAUUUGAGGGCGAGAAGGUGACGCCGCCUCGCCAGUUGGAAUGGUACCCAGAGGGUCUUGGAUGGCACUUGGACGUCCGCAAGAACGUGCUGCGUAAGUCGCCGGAAUUCAAGCGUUUCCAGCAGUUCCUGGUGCAUGAGACAGAAGUCGGCUCCAUUUCGCGGCAGGAGGCUGUAUCUAUGCUUCCGCCCCUGUUCUUGGACGUGCGGCCUGAGCACCUAGUGCUGGACAUGUGUGCGGCGCCGGGCUCCAAGACGGCGCAGCUGAUUGAGGCCAUUCACUCUCCUUUGACGACGGAGCCAGACGCGUUUGACCCUAUGCCUAUGGGUAUUGUCGUGGCCAACGAUUCAGAUACAAAGCGUGCACACAUGCUUGUGCACCAGGCCCAGCGUCUGCCUUCGCCCAACCUGUGUGUGACCAACGUCGACGCGAGCAACAUGGCCAACAUCCAAGUCGCUUGGAAGGGCGAGGCACCGGAGGACAAGAUUCGUCAGCGUGACCUCAAGUACGACCGAAUCUUGGCGGACGUGCCAUGCUCUGGUGACGGUACACUGCGUAAGAACCUGGCGAUCUGGAAGGACUGGACACCGAUGAACGGUGUGGGAUUGCACGCCUUGCAGCUGCGCAUUCUCAUUCGCGGUCUGACAUUGCUACGUCCUGGUGGCCGUCUCGUGUAUUCCACCUGCUCACUCAACCCCAUUGAGAAUGAGGCAGUGGUGGCAGCGGCGAUUCGUCACUUUAAGGGCGAUGUAGAGAUUGUCGAUGCCUCGGACAUGCUACCCUCCCUCAAGCGCCGCCCAGGUAUGACGUCCUGGAAGGUGUCGCCAGGCCGUGGAGCCCACCUGGCUAAGGCUACCGAGGCCACAGCCGAUUCCGAGACAGCAGCAGCAGAAGAAACCACGGACACCAAGCGCCCUGUGAUUCCAUGGGUCGAGUCGUGGGACGCAUUGCAGACGCUCGAUGCCGAUUUGGCAUCACGCACGCCUACCAGCCUUUGGCCGCAUGGCGACGAGGAGGCCAUGCACAUUGAGCGCUGCAUCCGUGUAUACCCGCACAUGCAGAACACGGGUGGCUUUUUCGUGACCGUGCUCUCGAAGAAGAGCACGACGCCGGAAGAGUCGCAGUCGCUCGCGCCAGGUAUGGUCCGUGCGAUGGAGGCCAUGGCGGCUGGUGCCAGCGAUGCUUCGUCGGCCAGUGGCAAGCGCCCCGCCGAAGACGAGGGUGAGCAAGAAGCGAAGCGUGUCAAGGCAGUGGAAGAAAAGGCACCAGCGACGGACGCGCAGCCUGAGACUGAGGCAGAAACGCCGAGCGUUGUGCCGGUGGACAAGCACCGGGCGGACCGUGAAGCAAAGCGCCGUGGUCACCACAAGGAAGGCGUAGCCAUUGGCGCUGGUGGUAUGCCGUACCGUGAAGAUCCGUUUGCGUACGUCAACCCCACCAACGCGGAGGUGCAAUCGUGCGUUGAAUGGUUCGGCUUGCACAACUUCCCCACUGCCAACCUGCUGGUACGCAACCCUGAACAGGUGCCGCUGCGUAGCGUGUACCUGACAUCCAGCUCGGUACGUGCCAUUGUUUCGGGUGGUGGCCCAGGUAUGGGUGUGCACCCGACCAUGAACCCACUCAAGAUUCGUCUGCUCAACUGCGGUGUCAAAGUGUUUGGUCGUCAAGAAUCGGUCAGCAAGGCGACGCAAGCGCCGAAUGCGAUGGAUGUCAAUGCAGAUGCACAGGCUCGCCGUGAGAAUGUAUCGGCAUCCUUGACAUGCCGCUGGCGUGUAGUGAGUGACUCGCUGCACUCGAUGCGCCCGUACCUCAGUGACAAGGUGGUGAUUCGAGCGACUCUGUCAGACUUGGCCUUCUUUAUCAAGGAGUACUACCCUGUGCUGGAGAACAUUCCCGGCGAGGUGGGUGAGCGCCUUCGCGCGUCGGCUAUGGGCAGCUAUGUCCUGGAUAUCCAGCCAAGUGAACACGAUGGUCAUAAGCUGACAGUGGGCUUGUGCUAUCCUGUCUGGCGCUCCAUUGCAUCGGCUAACCUCAUGCUGGACAAGCAGGAAAAGAGUGCCCUAUCCUACCGCUUGUUCGAUACAGACUUGUCCGAUCCGGAGGGCCAGCGCCAGUUCUCAGCGUACCCGCAGGGCCGCAAGAAACAGCAGCAGCAGCAGCAAGAGCCAGAACCAGAGCCAGCCACGACAGAGGAGAGAGUCAACGAGGCGCCCUCCACAGAAGAUGUGCCAGCGCCAUCAGCAGAAUAA